AUGUGGCGUCAGAGCUUUGGACUUCUAGAAAAAUCCUACACCCAUGACACAACAGGAUCCUUUUUGCUGGGGAACUGGCUCCACAUACCCCUGUCCACAGUGCCCCUGUGUAGUGCUGUGGUGGAUGUUGCUAUCCAGGAUUAUGUGGCUGAUGUGGCCUCCGAACUCAUCUACCAGAACAAGAGUCAGAUCUCCACAGAAGUCCUCUUUGUCUUCCCCCUGAGCCCCCACAUGGCCAUCUACUCCUUCCAGGCCCGCAGUGAGGAUGCCGAGGUCCAGGCCAUGCUGCAGGAUGAGGCCCAGCAGCUGCAUGAGCCUACAGGGGGCUGGGAGAAUCUGGAGUACCUUCAGGAUCAGUCUGAGCAUUCGGGUGAGGUGUUUGCCUGCUUUCUGGGCACCCUGUCCCCUGGCAGGGAGGUGGUCGUGACCUUGCGCUAUGUCCAAGAGCUGCCACGGGAGCCAGAUGGAGCAGCCCAUUUUGUGCUGCCACCCACACUGCAUCCCUACAGCAAACACUAUGCCUGGAAUUGUCUCACCAGCGAGCUGCCCUACAGCCUGCUGCUCACCGCUAGCCUGCAGUCACCCCGUGGAGUGGCCAAUGUCCAGGCCAACUUCGCCCUCACCCCUUUGAUCUACACUGCCCAGGACCACAGCACUGCACAGGUCUCACUGGCUGGCAGGCCCCCAAGUCACGAUGAUUUGGAGCUGCUGGUAUAUUUUGGAGAACCCACUGCAGUCAGUGCUGUGGUGGAGACGGGAGACCCUGGGGCCCCUCCAGGCUCCCUCCUUGGUGACCCCAUGGUGCUGGUGGCGCUGGCACCCAGCAUCCCUGAGGCAGUGCCUGGGCAGCGCCAGUCUGGAGAGUUCAUCUUCCUCCUGGACACCACUUUUCUUGAGCGUGCACAGGGCUCCCUGCUCUUCCUUCUCAAAAGCCUGCCCCUCGGCUGCUACUUCAACAUCUACUGCUACGGAGAAACCUCUGAGGGCAUCUACCCGCAAAGUGUUGAAUAUACUCAGGACAACCUGACCGAGGCCAUUCGGCGCAUCCCCUCCACCGGCUCCAGUCUGGGUGACACCAAUCUGCUGGGAACCCUCCGCUCAAUCUACAAUACCCCCCGCCCCCGCGGGCAUACGCGCCAGCUCUUCAUCUCCAUGGCUGGGCUACCCCCUGACAAGGAAGCCAUCGCAGCUGAGGUCUGCCGUCACCGCAACAGCCACCGGUGUUUCUCCUUCUGCUUCUCUGACGACAGCGCUGCCCUGGCCAUGGCCCUGGCCAGGGAGACAGGGGGUGAAGCUACCUACGUCUGCUCUGACAACAGUAUGACAGCUGUGGUGCUGAAGUGCCUGAAGCAAGCCCUCAAGCCAGCAGCUGAGGGAGUCUCUCUGAGCUGGACCCUGCCUCGUGGCCUGGAGGUUGAGGUGCUGGGGGGCACCCCUCAGUCCAUCUUUCAGGGUCAACACAGCCUUCUCUAUGCCCAGAUCCGUGGACAGGCACAGGAUACGACGGUGGCCAAGGGGGUCAUGACCUUGCAGUACAGCCUGGACGGCCAGGAUGUCACUCACACGAUUGAAUUCCCACUGUGCCCACAGGGAGAUGGCCGGCUGGCUGGGCAUCGUCUGGCCGCGAGACGCUUGCUGAAGAGGUUGUUGACAGAGGCUGCGAGUGGGUCAGGGGAUGAACUCAGGCAUCGCGCAGUUGAGAUCAGCCUCACUUCGGGGAUCAUCUGCCCCUUUACCAGCUAUGUGGGGGUUCGCACGUCACAGAGAGUCACCUGGUACCAAGUCUCAUGGGGUAGGCCCCAUCACCAUCAGGUGCUUCUUUCCCAUGUGCUUAAUUCAGCCCCUUUCCCUGUUUGCCUUGAAGGGCCCUUGGCACUGUUGCCACCCCGCCAGUCACUCAUCCCCUGCCAGAUCACCGAGCUGCGUGGCUCCAGAAGAGUCUCUUCCUGCCAUCCGAUGAGCAUCUGGGUCCCACCUGGCUGGCUGACAGCAGUGUGUGCAUCAUGGCUUGCCCUCCGUCGACUCACCCAUGGCAUUGCUGCCCUGCCCCAGCGGGGCGCUUGUUCAAAAGCACGUAAACCACCACCACCAUCUAUUUCUUCUCUCAAGUAUGUGGAUCUCACGGAAUUUGUUUUGUGCUCUUCAAUUUUGGGGCAAUGGUCCACCAAAGCCAUUGCUGAGUGCCAGCAACUGGUGGCACUGCAGAAUGUAGAUGGCUCCUGGGCCCUCAGCUCAGGACUGGUCUCUGUGCUGGAAAUCGAUGAGGCUGAAAUCAAGGGAAAGAUGCCUGGUGAGCUCAUGGAGCCAAGCAUCUGGGCCACAGUGCUGGCUGUGACCUGGCUACACAGACACGACAAGUGCUACCAAGAGCUCUGUGAGCUGCUGGAGGCCAAGGCUGUGACCUGGCUGCACAGCCAAGCUGUGUCCCAGCUGGACAAGUGCCUGGAGGCAGCCAACACCCUCCUUGGGAGCACCGUGGAGCCAAGUGUCUUCAGGCUCUGAGCUCAACACAUGCCUUGUGCUACAGACCGGCAGC